AUGGCGGCCAACACCACCGUGAUCGGCCAACAGGAUUAUGAUAGAGCUCAACAAGUCAAGCAAUUCGAUCAAUCCAAGGUCGGAGUCAAAGGCCUCGUUGACUCCGGCCUCAUCUCCAUCCCCCGUUUCUUUAUCCACCCGCCCGAAACACUACCCGACCUCCGACCCCAUACUAAACCCCAAACCCAGCAACAGCCGAUCCCCACCAUCGACCUCUCCGACCUUCACACCCAUCGCCGCUCAUCCAUCGUCCAACAAAUCAGCCGCGCCUGCCGAACAUUCGGUUUCUUCCAGAUCACCAACCACGGCAUCCCGUCUGCGGUUCUGGACCGUACGAUUGCCGGCAUCAAGGCCUUCCACGAACAGCCGACGGAGGUCAAAGCGCCGGUCUACAGAAGAGAGAUGGGCACGGGCGUAUCUUAUCUGUCCAACGUCGACCUGUACAGCUCAAAAGCCGCCAGCUGGAGGGACACGCUUCAAGUAAGGCUGGGACCUAUUCCGGCGGCUCCUGAAGAAGUGCCGGAGAUUUGUCGGGACGAGAUUGUUGGGUGGGACGGGGAGAUCCUACGGCUGGGAGAGGCGCUGAUGGAGUUGGUGAGUGAAGGGUUGGGAUUGAGCGCGGGGAGGUUGAAGGAGAUGGCGUGUCUGGGAGGGAGGGUGAUGGUGGGCCAUUACUACCCGUACUGCCCCCAGCCUGAUCUGACGGUGGGGCUUACAUCUCAUUCUGACCCGGGAGUGUUGACCUUGCUGCUUCAGGACCACAUGGGUGGGUUGCAGGUUAAGCACGGUGAGGGUUGGGUGGACGUGAAACCCGUCCCCGGCGCUCUUGUUAUCAACGUUGGAGAUUUACUUCAGAUUAUGUCCAACGGGGAAUACAAGAGUGUAGAUCAUCGGGUGUUGGCAAACUCAAACCGCGAGCCACGGGUGUCAACUGCAGUGUUUUUCAAUCCAAGCAAUAGAGAGGGCACCUAUGGUCCAUUGCCAGAGCUGGUCGCGCCCGAGAAACCGCCACUCUACCGAGAGUUCACGUUUUCAGAGUUCAUGCAAAGGUUCUUCACGAAAGGAUUGGAUGGCAAAGCUUUGGUCAAUCACUUUGAGCUGUGA